CCGGGUCAGACCCCCCCCCUCGGACCCUCCGCCCGGGGAACAAAGCGCCAUGGCCGAGGCCGCCCCCGCGCAGACCCAGGAAUGGGACCUGAGGACCCAGCCCCCAACCCUGUUCCCGGCCCCCGGCCUCCCCCAGCUCCCGGCCGCGGAGAUCUCCCUGUGGACCGUGGUGGCCGCCGUGCAGGCCGUGGAGAGGACCGUGGGGGCCCAGGCGGCCCGGCUGCUGGGCCUGGAGGGCCGGGCCGGCUCGGCCGAGAAGAAGCUGGCCGACUGCGAGCGGACGGCGGCCGAGUUCGGCAGCCGGCUGGAGGGCAAGUGGGCCGUGCUGGAGACGCUGCUGCAGGAGUACGGGCUCCUGCAGAGGAGGCUGGAGAACAUGGAGAACCUGCUCAGGAACAGGAACUUCUGGAUCCUCCGCCUUCCCCCGGCCACCAACGGCGAGGUCCCCAAGGUGCCGGUGACCUUCGACGACGUGGCCGUCUACUUCUCGGAGCAGGAGUGGGGGAACCUGGACCAGGGGCAGAAGGAGCUCUACAAGAACGUCAUGAAGGGCAACUACGAGACGCUGGUCUCGCUGGAUUAUGCUGUUUCCAAGCCGGAUUUUCUCUCCCGGAUUGAACAAGGGGAAGAACCUUGCGUCCAGAGGCUGGGGGCCGAGGGGGAUGGCACGGCAGCAGAUCCCAACCUCGGAGCAGGACCUCCGGUUUCCAUCCCCGAGGGGCCGGCGUGGAUUAAGGAGGAGGAAGAGUCGGGGGUCCCCGAUCGGGAGGCCCCAGAAGGCAGCAGCAGCCCCACAGACCCCGGCCUGGAUGAGGAAACUGAGGCCCAGAGAAGUGCCUCCCCGCCGAAGUCCCGGGAGACCUCCAGCCACCUCCCGUCUCCGUCCUUCCCCGCCGUUGCAGAGGACGGCUGGGCCGGGAGCAGCGGCGAGGGGCCGCGGGCGGAGGACGGACCCCAACGCCCCCGGGCCCCCAGGCCGGACCUCGCCUGGGAUCCCGCGGGCCGGGGCCGGGGCGGCUUCCCGCCGCCCCCACGGGCCCCGAGCCCCGAGCCGGGGGGGGUCCCGCCCGCCGCGCAGGCCCGGGCCCGGCCCGGCCCGAGGGGCCCGGGACUCCCGGGCGGGGGCCGCCCCCGGGCCCCCCGGGGCUUCCGGCCUCGAGCCCCCGCCCCUCCCCACCCGCGGCUGCACGGCUGCCCGGACCGCCCGCGGAGGUUCCCGGCCCGGCGGGCCCUGGGCAAGCGCCCGCCCCAGGCCCGGCCCUUCCAGUGCCCCGAGUGCGACAAGAGCUUCGUGUGCCACUCGUGGCUCAGCCGGCACCGCACCCUGCACACGGGCGAGCGGCCCUACCAGUGUCCCGAGUGCGAGAAGCGCUACAGCCGCAAGGAGUACCUGCUCAACCACCAGCGCCUGCACACGGGCGAGCGGCCCUUCCACUGCGCCCACUGCGGCAAGAGCUUCACCCUGAAGCGAAGCUUCGUCCGCCACCAGCGGCGCCACACCAAGGAGGGCCCCGGCCCGCUGGGCCCCCCGCCGGGCUGCCCCGCCGGCCUCGUGGCCCGCCUGCCCGCCCCGACGGGCCAGACCGCCCCCGGGCCGGGCGGCGCCGAGCGCUGGGUGGCCGAGGAUGCCCUCUACCCAUGGGGCGGGGGCGCCGAGGCCUGCUUGUUCCCGGACCCCCUGCAGGGCCCCUUAUGGACGGCCCGAGGACCCGGCCCGGGCCCGGGCAUCCCGGCGGUCAAGGCCGAGAGACUCUGGUAG